UACUACAACUCCUGUCCUACACUUCACUAAUUCCCACAUCGAUAUUUAAGAAGAACCCAUAAAAACCAAUACCGGAUCUAACACUCCCCCUUCUCUCAUUCCCACUCUGCAACUUUGUUUUGCUCAAUUUGGUGAAACAGGUCUCAUUCUCUCUAACCCGAGAAGAUGAAGGUCACCGUGGUCACUAGGAGUGGCAGAGAGCUUUUCAAGGGCGGCCUUGAGCUCAGUGACUCUGCCACAGUUGCUGAUCUUCAGGAGGAGAUCCACAAGCGAUCCAAAAAGUUCUAUCCUUCAAGGCAGCGGCUUACUCUUCCCGUGCAACCAGGAUCAAAAGAGAGGGCAGUUGUCCUUGCCUCCAAGAAGAGUCUCAAAGAUUAUUACAGUGGAAACUCAGACAGCUUAACUGUGGUUUUUAAGGACUUAGGCCCGCAAGUUGAAUACAGAACACUCUUCUUCUUUGAGUAUAUUGGUCCUUUGCUCAUUUAUCCCAUAUUUUACUUCUUCCCUGUUUACCAGUACUUCGGCUUCAAAGGAGACCGUGUCAUCCACCCAGUGCAGACAUAUGCACUAUAUUAUUAUUGCUUCCACUACUUUAAACGUAUUAUGGAAACAUUUUUCAUACAUAGGUUCAGCCAUGCAACCUCACCUGUCUCCUAUGUGACCCGGAAUUGUGCAUAUUAUUGGAGCUUUGCAGCACUCAUGGCUUACUACGUGAAUCACCCGCUUUACACCCCUGUCAGUGACCUCCAAAUGAAGAUUGGGUUUGGUUUUGGGAUAGUAAAUCAAAUUGCGAACUUGUAUUGCCAUUUUCUGUUAAGGAAUCUGCGAAGCCCUGAUGGAAGUGGAGGCUAUCAAAUACCACGUGGUUUUCUAUUCAAUAUUGUCACAUGUGCAAAUUACACAACUGAGAUAUAUCAGUGGUUGGGUUUCAAUAUCGCCACGCAGACGGUUGCUGGUUAUCUUUUUGCUGUAGUGGCUGCUUCUAUCAUGACCAAUUGGGCCCUUGGAAAGCACCGCCGUUUAAAGAAGCUAUUUGAUGGAAAGGAUGGAAGACCUAAGUAUCCACGUCGAUGGGUGAUUCUACCCCCAUUCUUGUAGAAGUUAUUGGCAAGCCCGCGUUUUGUUGGUCUCUCUAGUUUGAAGCAUUCAAUUCCAUUCCUGCGAUAGAUGACCGAUGUGAAGAAGUUCAAAUCGCAUAUUUAUCCAAUUUAAAGGUUGAUGUCAGUAUUCUGUUUAAACUUUUGUAAUAAUACAUUAGAAAGACUCGGAGAUUUGCUUGUUGAUCUAUACAAAAGAUUGACAUAUGACUACUGUUGCUAGUCAAUUUGAACUGUUUUGUCAUUUGCAAUUUUCAGCUAAUGUAAUCUUAUGAUGUUUCUCUCCAAAA